AUGGAAUCAUUGACCGUUCUGCAAUCCUGGAUCCCUAGCGGACUAGAUGAAGGCGACAGGAUCACCCUCGAUAAGCCUAGCCCUUCGGAAUGGGUGGUCGGCAAACUGGUCAAUAAGCAUACCUACCAAUCUGACCUGAUGCGCGUUCACUCUUACGUGUGUAUUCAGUUUGAAUGCCACAAUGCUACCAAUGAGAAACAUGGAUUUAUGCGUGUUUAUGUCCAAGUUCCACAUGUUGGUUAUGAGCACGCAGACCAAGCUACCCGCGCUAGAGAAGCAACCAAAUUCACUCCCCCCGAGCUAGAUGCAUACAAAUUUCUCACUCAAUAUGCCUCACAAAAUACGCCCCACCUCCUAGCAUACGAAGAAGGCACCCAAGAUACCGGAGGACCAGUUCCGGGAGGGCAUAUCACGUGGAUUGUUUGGGAGAAGGUGCCUGGAAAAUCGCUAGGAGGUCCUAGAUAUGCCUCUACAUUCUGGGAUAUGGAUCGUGAGGAACGAGAUCGUGUGCGUGAGGCCUUCCUUGAACAGUUUCCUAAGCUUAUGAAAAUGGGAUAUUUCCCUGACGGUGCUGGCCCUUCUAAUUUGGUCUGGGAUAAGGAGACCGGUGCGCUUUAUUUCGUUAGUUUCCGAGAUUCGAAGCCAUUCAAGGCCAAAGGAACUUUCGGUAAAGAGUGGUGGCCAGAGUUCGAUCUUGCUAAGCCCCCUCAGAGACAUUACCAGUGGGAAAUACACUACAAUGGUGAUGUCUCGGCGUGGACGCUUUGA